AUGGGUUACGAGAAGAUCCAUGCUUGUGUCAAUGACUGCAUCCUUUACAGAAAGAGGUUCACGAAGCUCGACAAGUGUCCUAAAUGCAAAGCUUCGAGAUGGAAGACUAAUAAGCACACUGGUGAGAAGAAGAAAGGCGUUCCACAGAAAGUCUUACGUGAUGGAAAGCUGUGUCAUCCUGUUGAUUCAGUAACAUGGGAGCAUAUGAAUGCGAAAUACCCUUCAUUUGCAGCUGAAGCAAGGAACCUGAGGCUUGGACUUUCAACGGAUGGCUUCAAUCCAUUCAACAUGAAGAAUUCGAUGUACAGUUGCUGGCCGGUCUUGUUAGUUAACUACAACCUACCACCUGAUUUAUGCAUGAAGAAGGAGAACAUUAUGCUUUCUUUGUUGAUUCCUGGUCCACAUCAGCCUGGUAACAGCAUAGAUGUGUAUUUAGAACCCCUAAUAGACGAUCUGAACAGUCUGUGGAGCGUUGGAGAGGUAACAUACGACGCUCUUAGUCGAUCUACUUUUACACUCAAGGCGAUGCUGCUAUGGACGAUCAGCGAUUUUCCGGCUUAUGGUAAUCUUGCAGGAUGCAAGGUGAAAGGGAAAAUGGGGUGUCCUUUAUGUGGGAAGAAUACAGAUAGCAUGUGGCUGAAGUUCAGUAGAAAACAUGUCUACAUGUGCCACAGAAAGGCUCUUCCACCAACUCACAGAUUUAGAGGAAAGAAGAGAUGGUUUGAUGGAAAAGCUGAACAAGGGAGAAGGGGCAGAAUACUCACUGGUCGUGACAUUUCUCAACAUCUGAGAAAUUUCCACAAUGAUUUUGGAAAUUUUAAACGAUCUGCAAGUAAGAGAAAAAGGAUUCAAUGUUCAACUAAUAAAGGGUCUGAUAGUGAGAGUUUCUCUAACGAAUCAGAGGAAGAGGAAGAGGAAGAAGUACAAGUCGAUGAGGAUGAGUUAUCUAGAUGGAAGAAAAGGUCUAUAUUCUUCAAGCUACCUUAUUGGGAGGAACUUCCGGUGAGGCACAACUUAGAUGUAAUGCAUGUGGAGAGAAAUGUUGCUGCUAGCUUAGUUUCAACCUUGUUGCACUGUGGGAAAUCAAAGGAUGGUCUUGCGGCUCGUAAGGAUCUGGAGGAGCUUGGGAUUAGGCCUGAUUUGCACCCAAAAAUGCGAGGUAAAAGAACAUAUCUCCCUCCAGCACCGUGGUCAUUGUCGAAGACAGAGAAGAAGAUAUUUUGCAGGCGUCUAUUUGAUUUCAAAGGGCCAGAUGGAUAUUGUUCUAACAUAUCAAGAGGCGUCUCAAUGGAUGACUGUAAAGUCAGUGGGCUAAAAUCACAUGACUACCACGUCUUGAUGCAACAACUUCUGCCGAUUGCACUUAAAGGGUUGCUACCAAAAGGACCGAGGCUCACCAUUUUUAGGUUAUGCGGUUUCUUCAAUCUGUUGUGUCAGAGAGUGAUUGACAUGGAGAAGCUGCUGGUUAUGGAAGCUGAGAUUGUUGAGACUCUGUGCAUGUUUGAAAGAUUUUUUCCUCCAAGCUUGUUUGAUAUCAUGCUCCAUUUGACUGUGCAUCUAGGAAGAGAGGCUCGACUUGGUGGACCAGUCCACUUUAGAUGGAUGUACCCAUUUGAAAGGUACAUGAAAGUCCUCAAAGACUUUGUGAGAAAUCCUGCAAGACCAGAGGGAUGCAUAGCUGAGUGCUAUCUAGCGGAGGAAUGUAUCCGGUUCUGCAGUGAAUUCUUGAAGAAGACAACAAAUGUUCAAGAAAAAGUAGAAAGAAACAUGGAGUAUGAGAACAAUUCAAUCUUAGAGGGUCGGCCUAUAUCCACGGGUACAUCAGUUAGUCUCACUGAGGUGGAAAAGAGGAUUGCACAUCUUGCUAUCAUCCAAAACAUGGCUCUCAUCGAACCUUAUGUAGAUAUUUACAAGACACAGAUGGGAGAUGUCAUCGUGAUGCAUCAACCUUAUGGAGUGCCUCUUGAUUCUACAGAACAUAGCGACACACUUAAGUGGAUAGCUUAUGGUCCACGUUCUUCUGCAAGGUCAUACACAUGGUUCAUUAUUAAUGGCCAGAGGUUUCACACAACCUCAGUUGAUCGGAAAAGUCAGAAUAGUGGGGUAUACUAUGAGGCUACUGCAGUGUGUAGAGCUAGUGCUAAAGAUACAUCACAGGUGGUAGAUUUGGUAUCUUACUACGGCAGAGUCACAUAUAUUAUUUUGAUGGAUUAUAAUAUCUUCUAUGUUCCUCUCUUCCGUUGUCAAUGGGCAGUAAAGGGCAAUGGAGUGAAGAUAGAAGAUGGGUUCACACUUGUUAACAUGUCUCAUAGUCAAGCCUCAUUUGCAAGUGACCCAUACAUACUAACAUCUCAAGCGAAGCAGGUUUUUUACUCAAGAGAAGACGAGUCAACAAAAUGGUAUAUUGUCAUGAAAGGUCCUUCUAGAAGAUACAGUAAGGAAGAUAUGCAAUAA